AGCCAUCCUCCCUCUCGGCUGGCUGCGUCCCCGCCCUCGGAGUCUGGAGAGCUGCUGGAGCCCGGCGGGAGCGCGAGGUGCAGGAGGCCGGCGGGAGGCGGGCGAGCCGCGGGAAGCAGGCACCAUGGUGCUGUCGGUGCCUGUGAUCGCGCUGGGCGCCACGCUGGGCACUGCCACCAGCAUCCUUGCGCUGUGCGGGGUCACCUGCCUGUGCCGACAUAUGCACCCUAAGAAGGGGUUGCUUCCACGGGACGGCGAGCCCGACCCUGAGAAGGCGAGGCCGGGCGUGCUUCGGCCGACCCAACAGUUCAACGUUAAAAAGUCAACGGAGCCUGUCCAGCCUCGACCUCUUCUUAAGUUCCCAGACAUCUAUGGUCCCCGGCCAGCUGUGACAGCCCCAGAAGUCAUCAACUACGCAGACUAUACCCUGGGGACCACAGAGGAGCCUGGUGCACCUGCCAGUCCCCAGGCCCAGAGUGACAGUCGUCUCAAGAGGCAGGUCACAGAGGAGCUGUUCAUCCUUCCUCAGAAUGGUGUGGUGGAGGAUGUCUGUGUCAUGGAGACCUGGAACCCAGAGAAGGCUGCUACCUGGAACCAGGCACCCAAACUCCACUUUCGCCUGGACUAUGACCAGAAGAAGGCCGAGUUAUUUGUGACUAGCCUGGAAGCUGUCACCAGUGACCACGAAGGAGGCUGUGACUGUUACAUCCAAGGCAGCGUGGCUGUCAAGACCGGUUCUGUGGAGGCACAGACAGCUCUGAAGAAACGGCAGCUGCACACCACCUGGGAGGAGGGCCUAGCCCUGCCCCUGGGUGAGGAUGAGCUCCCCACAGCCACCCUGUUGCUCACCCUGCGGACCUGUGACCGCUUCUCCCGCCACAGUGUGAUUGGGGAACUCCGCCUGGGUCUGGAUGGAGCAUCUGUGCCCCUGGGAGCGGCACAGUGGGGUGAGCUGAAGAGCACAGCAAAGGAACCGUCUGCAGGGACCGGGGAGGUCCUUCUGUCCAUCAGCUACCUCCCGGCUGCCAAUCGCCUCCUGGUGGUGCUGAUUAAAGCCAAGAACCUCCACUCCAACCAAUCCAAGGAGCUUCUGGGCAAGGAUGUCUCUGUCAAGGUGACCUUGAAGCACCAGGCUCAGAAGCUGAAGAAGAAACAGACGAAACGGGCCAAGCACAAGAUCAACCCUGUGUGGAAUGAGAUGAUCAUGUUUGAGCUGCCAGAUGACCUGCUGCGGGCAUCCAGUGUGGAGCUGGAGGUGCUGGGCCAGGGAGAGGAGGGCCCGAGCUGUGAGCUGGGUCACUGCAGCCUAGGCCUGCAUGCCUCGGGCUCUGAGCGCAGCCACUGGGAGGAGAUGCUAAAAAACCCACGCCGGCAGAUCGCCAUGUGGCACCAAUUACAUCUGUAGUCGGCUGCUAACCACCAACCUCGUCCUUCUUGGGCCUGGUCAUCCUCCAGGCUCAGCUGCCAAUCGCCCCCUCCUACCCCUGCCCACAUGCCUACACCUGAAGACAGAUGCAGAUGUGUUGGCUGAAGCCAGGAUCUCAUUCCUCUCUAUAUAUAUAUUCCCAAUACUAAAAUGUGAGCAGAGUCACCAGGGCAGUGAGUGUGAUUGGCGCAUCAGGAUCACUCAGAAGACUGUAUCUUUCUCAUCUGUGUUAUGAAAAAAAGAUGCGUGUCAGGUACACUCUGUGGGCAGCAGUCUCUGCUCACUUUAGUCUAAAGCAGUAGUUCUCAACUUGUGGGGCCUGACCUCCUUGGCAAACCUCUGUC